AUGAGUUCAUCUGAGUUUGACGUUUGUCGUUAUGAUGAAGCAGAUUGUUAUGUUUGUUCGGAUAUUAACCCGUUUCCGGAAGGCCUAAAUUUUCCACUCCCUGAUAAACCGUCAGAUGAUAUUUUCGAAGCUAUGACGACCGCCAAAGAAGCCAAUGGAAGGGGCUCUAAAAUAUUUCGGACACUCAAUCAACGUGCAAAAGAUUUAGUGGACAAGUCAACGGAUUUAGAUUCAUGGACACCAAAUCAAUUAAAGAUGAUGAGUUUUGGGGGCAACAAUCGAGCUCAGGUGUUCUUCAAGCAACAUGGUUGGACAGAUGGAGGGGAAAUUGAAGCCAAAUACACCUCAAGAGCUGCUGAGUUAUAUAAACAAUUACUUUCAAAAGAAGAUGCCAAAAGUCAUGCAGAAGUUGCUGCCAACAGCUUCCCAUCAUCACUUGUUGAAACUCUUGAUAAACCUUAUACUGAUUUCAAGCCCUUUGAAACCCUAAAAGAGAACCCUACACCUACACCUACACCUGCAACUGCACCAAAACUUGACACCAAUGGCUCUGCUCUUGAUAAACCAAGGAUCUGA